GCCGCGCGCAGCAAGCAACCCAGCUCUCAGGAGGUGCUGACUACACCCAGUGUGGACGGUUGGCUGGAGGGGGACUCCAUCUGUGCAGCCGUGGGGAAAUCUUCGUCCAAUCGUGCGUGGGGCUCUUUAAUCGUGCAGCCGUGGAGGGAUAUCAGCACUCCUGUGAGGAAUCUCUCAUCCUCAAGGGGGAAACAUGACCACUUUAGCCAACUUGACGCAGACCCUGGAGGAUGCCUUCAAAAAGGUUUUCAUUACUUAUAUGGACAGCUGGAGGAGGAACACAACAGCCGAACAACAGGCGCUCCAGGCCAGAGUGGAUGCCGAGAACUUCUACUACGUCAUCCUGUACCUCAUGGUGAUGAUCGGCAUGUUCGCCUUCAUCGUGGUGGCCAUCCUGGUGAGCACGGUGAAGUCGAAGCGGCGGGAGCACUCCCAGGACCCGUACCACCAGUACAUCGUGGAGGAUUGGCAGCAGAAGUAUAGGAGUCAGAUCUUGCAUCUGGAAGACUCCAAGGCCACCAUCCAUGAGAACCUGGGGGCGACGGGGUUCACAGUGUCACCCUGAUAAAGAACGAGAGUCCAUCUGCCCAGGAAGGGGUGCUUCUGCCGCCUUGAGGCCCCACUUGCCCUUGCUUGGAAGAAAGCUAGUUCCUCUGUGCAGCCUGGCUGGCGGUGGACGCAGGUAGCGGUCUAUCUCAGUGGUUUAGGUGAGCCUGGUGGGGUGAGAUUUAUGCUGAGGGUCUCUUGUUGCUUGCUAGGCAAUGUAAAUGUCAUUUAAGUCCAUUCCAAUCAUGAGAACAGAGGCAAACAUGAAGCAACGGGACUGGGCACGGGCAGCGGGGAUAGAAAGCAGAGAGUUACAAAUCUUUCAACCUUCUUUCUCAUAAAAUAUUAGUUUGAAUGUAGCAAAUUCAGUUUAUGAGUAAGUCAAAAGUGUCCAGACGCUGGGGUUUAAAUCUAUCUCGGGCUUGCAGAAGUGAUGGGAGAGCAUUUACUCACUGAUUUAUGGGCAGCGAGUCCGAGGUGGUCAAUGAACAAAAGUGUGGGGUUAUUUUGCAUCUACAGCUUUCCUGGUAUUUAACUGAUUUGGACAUCCGGACAGAGCAAACACUGAAAGGACAAAUAACCCACACCAGAGGCAUCAAAUAUUCAAGAGCCCCCAGUGCAACCCAACUUAUUUUUAACUUUUCAAGGAAACUUAAGCUUUAAAAGUUCUCUGGCUUGACACAGUGUGGCCUUCCUUCCCAAACAUCGUACUCUUUACUUGGUUUUAGAUCCCAUUUAUAGCUUAUUUUCACACACAUUUGACAUGACGCAAGCUACAGAACACCCCGCUAGAUAUUUGCUGCAAGCUGGACAGUGGCUGCUUAAUCCUUUGCACCACAGUGGAGGUGCUAAAGAGAUGUUGGUCAAAGGCUACACAUUUUAAUGGGGCUGGGGAUGCACGCUCAUAACCCAACCCUCAGGAGACUGAGGGGGGAAGGACUAGCUGAGGGUCCAAGCCAUUCUAGACCCGUUGCCCUCCAAGGUCAAUAAAGGUGCCUUUUGUCCUUAGACACUGUUACCUGAGAGGAUAGUUAGGUAUCCUUACCACAAAAGAGUGACUACAUGAGAUGAUACCUUAGUCAUUCCACAAUGUGUAUAGCUUCAAUAUAUCAUGUUAUGUGUGUAAUACAAUGUAAGCUGUCCUUUAAAAAAAAUAAAGUGAAUGCUUUGCA